CAGCGGUAACUGUCAGCGCCUUGUCAUGAACGUGAUCCAUUUGAAACACGAUCAAUUUAAAAUAAACGUGGUCGAAUUUUCAGACCUUCGCGAAGAGGCUUCUACUCGGCUAUCCUUCGCCAUUUCAAGUUUUUUUCGAAAACUCUCUACAGGCAAGGACUUCACUCGCUUAUAAACCUUCGCUAUUUUAAGGUUUUUACGGGAACUAGCUCUAUUGAAGGUGAACCAGUUGAGUUCCCGUCUACACAAGCAAACACUUCACAGGUUUGUUAUUCUCCAAGCCAAAUGCACUAUUCGCAUCCAAGCACUUUCUGGUCUUCUUUAUCUGUCCCCUCCUCCUGAAACUGGGAAUGGAGGAAAAAGAUCCUUCGACAAAGAUUCGGACGAAGAAGAGAAAAAUGUUUUCUGGUAUCUGGCGUUCUUAAGUUCUCGAUGUGUCAAAGCAAAAAAUAUUAACUCCCACUAAUGCGACCCUCCUCGGUUGGACUAAAAGUUUUCUUUUCCGGUUGCGGUUUCGAAUUUUUGUGGUUUUUUAGCCGGCAAAGAUGAAAACUUUUCCUAAGUGCGGCCCAUGCCUAGUCCUUUUGCGGUUUAAGCAAUGUUUUGGUUUUGCGUAAGCCAAUCUGAUGACAGGAAAUCAUAUAUCCAGUUCUGGUUGUGGCCCAGACUGUUUUUCAAUAUCUAAAUCCGAGUCCGAAUAAUAUUAACAAUAAUAAUAAUAAUGAUAAUAAUAAUAAUAAUAAUAAUAAUGAUAAUAAUAGUAAUAAUAAUAAUAAUAAUACAGAGAAUGUGGCAUAUGAAAACCGUAGUCAUCCCUGUGGUUUUUGGUGCGCUUGGUACAGUGAAAAAGGGUGCGGUAGAAAACAUCAAGAAAGUAUCAGAGAGAGCUACUAUGACAGAGAUUCAAACGAUAUGCAUGCUGGGAUCUGCCCGAAUCCACAGAAAGGUGAUCAGUGUACGAACAGAAUGAUUGACUUGAGUGACUGACGCUCUAGGUGCAUGGUUUGCGCCCGGCUGAUGCACAAAAAGAACACCAGCAGAGACAGUUAUAAAAGAGAUAAUAAUAAUAAUAAUAAUAGUAAUAAUAAUAAUAAUAAUAGUAAUAAUAAUAAUAACUCCCAACACCGCGGAAAACCCCCUAAGCCAACGCGAAAAAAGUGGACCCGGGAUGAGUGUAAAGAAAUUAUGGAGGCAUACUAUACCUCCAUUAUCAGUCCAUCAGAAACAAACACAACCGUUGAGACCUAUAACUUCUGAAGAAGACAAAACCCCACUAAACGGACAUACCUUGAUGCAAACAAGCUUGCUAAUGUAAGAAGAGACAUAAUCAAAUUAUCAAGAACAAGGCUUACUGACGUCGAGCUGGAUGAGAUAAAGGCAAGGGUCACGCAGACUGACGCAAUGGUCUCUAGUGAAGAACUACCAGAGGCACAUAAAGAACAUGCCCAAAACGUCACUACCAUCACGGAAGAAGGUGAACCUACAGCUAGCCAGCAAAAUACAAACAGCAUAAGCGUAGACGAGAAAAAAACUGACAAAUUGGGAAACUGUGAAAAACCAACCUAUUGUCUAAUGGCUUGGCCUCCCACAGGUAAGAACAGAUCUCCAUGUACGUGAAGCAAUCAACACUGCAAACGAGGCUUAAAAUUAAGGAAAUCAAAGAAAAAGAUAACAAGCCACUUACACUAACUGAAAUCAACCAGAUUACCUUUGUGACUGCUUAGAUCAUCACAGAGCGGCAAAUUGGCCUGAGACCAGUGAGGGGAACAACCCGAUAAAAGAAAGCGCCCUUAUGGAAAGCAUGAAUGGAGAACAACAUCAGAAAAAAUACGAGUGAUUUAUCUAUCCUGGUGGAGAUGAAAAAGGGCAGCAGGAUCAAGGAAAGAAAACAAAAGCAAAUGCUGAAACGUUAUAACAUAAAGAACCCGGCAGACUUGGCAACCGCAAAGGAAGUAUUUAAACAGCAAAUCCAAGCAAAGGGGCAAAGAAUCAGAAGAUUUGAGAAAAGAGCUAAAUUCUUUCGGCAGAACAAAACCUUUAAGCAUGCCAAAAAAUUUUACCGUGAAAAGGAUCGAUGUGACCGAACCACCUACUCUCGACGAGGUUGAAGAGUUCUGGGCUAACAUCAUGGGAAAACGACAAUAUUCAUAAUGAAAAUGCAGAAUGGAUGAAAAGGCUGGAGGAUAUGGAAAUUUAUAGAAUUUAGAGAGGUAGCCCUGGGUUUCAAUAGAUGCCCAAGAGGUCACAAGUGCCAUAAACAAAACAAAAAACUGGAAAUCGCCGGGUAAAGACAAAGUCCCCAACUUCUGGCUAAAAUACCUCAAAAGCCUCCAUGAGGAUAUGGCAAAAGCAUAUACGAACAUCAUUGAGAACCCAGCAGAAAUGCCGGAAUGGCUAACCGAUUGUCUCACGAUCCUUCUACUAAAAACAGUAGAAACAAAAAGCCAAAAAAAAAAAAAACUACAGACCUAUCACAUGCAUGCCUCUCAACCAUGUACAAGGUACUCACAUCUAUCCUAGCAGACAGAACAUACACAUUUUUAAGCGCGCAUCAGCUCCUUCCAUCUGAACAGAAGGGAUGUAAGAGAGAAAGCUAUGGCUGCAAAGACCAACUCCUGGUUAACAAAAUGAUACUUGAAGACUGCAGGACCAGAAAAAAGAAUCUGUCUACAGACUGGACUGACUACAAGAAGGCUUUUGACAGUGUACCACAUUCCUGGAUCACGGAGUGCAUGAGAAUUUAUAAGAUAUGCCUUGUAGUCAUACAGUUCAUCACCGCAGCCAUGAAAACUUGGAAGUCCACGUUGGUCCUCAAUCACUCAGGAGGAUCGCUGACAUCAAGACCUAUUAAUAUUAAAAGUGGCAUAUUCCAAGGAGAUUCCUUGUCACCACUCCUAUUUUGCAUUGCUCUUGCACUUUUGAGCCCACUUCUGCAAGAAAGUGGUUGCGGAUAUGAAAUCCAGGGUCAAAAAAUCAACCACCUUUUCUUCAUGGAUAAUUUGAAAACCUACACCAAAAAUGACAACCAACAGACUGGCUUGCUUACUGUUGUUAAGAAAUUUGGCAAUGACAUCCGAAUGGAAUUUGGAUUAGAAAAGUGUGCAAAAGCAACUUUUAAAAGAGGGAGGCUUAUCACUGACACAUGCAUCAGAGAACUAGACCAGGAGGGGGUCUACAAGUACCUUGGGAAUAAAUGAAGGCGACGGAAAACAGCAUACCGCUAUGAAGGAGAAAGUGAGAAAAGGAUACUACCGCAGAGUAAUACUAGUACUGAAAAGUGAACUGAACGCUGCAAACAGGUUUGAAGCCAUUAAUACCCUAGUUGUGGCCGUCGUCACCUACAGUUUCAAUAUUAUGAACUGGAAAAUGAGUGAUUUUAAGAGGCUGGACACAAAAACACGGAAGCUACUUACCAUCCACAUAAUGCAACACCCGAAGGCAGACGUGGACAGACUGUACCUCCCCAGGAGAAUUGGAGGAAUAGGCCUGACCAAGUUAGAACGUACGAAUCAACUAUGAUGGGGAUGAAAACAUAUCUGAGAAACAUUGAUGAUGCUCUGUUCCAAUUAGUACUACAAUAUGGGAUCAACAAGAAGCGUUACUCCAUCAAAAAGAGGCAGAGAAAUUCAGAAGAGAAUUUGAGGUACCAACCCUCGAUAGGGCAGCAAAUGAACGGGUUACUAAUUUUGCUGGGAGAGUAAAACAGAAGGUAAAGCAACAGGCCCAAGAUAUAGAAGUGAAGCGGUGGGAAGAAAAAGAACUACACGGAAGAUAACCCAAAAGAAUAAGGGGAGCAGAUGUUGACGAUUAUAAAACCAACCAGUUGCUCAGAAGCACGGGACUGGAAGCUGAGACAGAGGGACUGAUAAUUGCAGCCCAGGACCAUAGCCUCUCUACCAAGUCUUAUUUUGCAUGGAUUGUGAAGGACGGCACCAGUCCACUGUGCAGGAUAUGCCACAAGCACGAAGAAGCAGUAGAUCAUAUCAUAUCUGGCUGUUCCGAACUUGCAAAACUGACUAUCGAGAGAGGCACAAUAAGGCAGCUGAAUAUAUCCAUUGGAAGGCGCGCCAGCAUUACAGUAUUGAAGUCCCAGAGAGGUGCGUGGUAUGAACACAAGCCCGAGACGGUUACCGAAAGCGAAGAAGUCACAAUUCUCUGGGAUAUGCAGAUACAUACGAACAGGGAACUGUCAGCGAACUUGACUGAUAUAGUGAUCAAGGACCAAGCCAACCGGUGUUGCAAACUUAUCGAUGUAUCGGUUCCAUCCGACCGAAACACCUCAACGAAAGUCAUUGAAAAGCUCUCAAAAUACAAAGAUCUUGAGAUUGAAACCACGAGAAUGUGGGGAUUGAGGACAGAGUCUGUGCCGAUUAUUGUUGGUUCGCUGGGACUUAUUAAAUAG